AUGCGGGAAUAUAAGCUUGUAGUCCUUGGUAGUGGGGGCGUCGGUAAGAGCGCCCUCACUGUUCAAUUUGUGCAGGGCAUUUUUGCCGAGAAGUAUGAUCCAACAAUUGAGGACAGUUAUCGCAAACAAGUUGAAAUUGAUUCUCAACAAUGCAUGCUCGAAAUUCUAGAUACAGCUGGAACUGAACAAUUUACAGCAAUGAGAGAUCUCUACAUGAAAAAUGGACAGGGAUUUUUGUUGGUCUAUUCAAUCACCUCACAAGCCACAUUUACUGACCUGAUUGACCUACGAGAACAAAUUCUCCGGGUCAAGGAUGUAGACGAGUUCCCACUGGUUUUAGUUGGAAACAAAUGUGACUUGGAAGACGAAAGAAGUGUAGGUAAAGAACAGGGCCAAAACCUGGCUCGUGAAUGGAACUGCCAGUUCAUGGAAACUAGUGCCAAAGCGAAACUAAAUGUGAAUGAGAUAUUUCACAACCUUGUGCAUCAAAUCAAUCAAAAGACUCCUAAUCCUGCGUCGAAAUCAUCAAAAAAGUCAAAAUGUUGUUGCCUUUGA